AUGGGGCCGCGCGUCUUUCCGGUGGGGCAGCAGCUUCAACGGCUGAACACGCUGAAGCCCACGGGCGACCUACUGCCGAAGAGGUUUCCCCGCUACACCUACGUCCAUCUUCUGGCCGAGGUGCUGAUUUUCAAGAUUGGCCUCUGUCUUGGUGCCGACCCCUUCGCCGAAGCAGUCGGCUCACAGCUCGGCCUCGCUGCCAAGACCAACCCAGAGCUCGCCUACGAGGCGCUGCCGCCGCAGGCACAAUUGGCUUGGGUUCCUGUUAAGGUGUUCGACAUCGAUGCCGAAGUCACCGGCGAGGCCGUGACAGAGAUCCGGCUGGAGGACCGGAGGGAAAACACAGGAUUAGAUGUGCGGCAUGUCGGGUUCCAAGUCGGCCACAGGCAGCCUACGCUUGAGGAUGGUGGCAGGACACCGCGCCAACCGGGCUCUUUCGUGUGGCUCCUGCAGCCUCGCUUGUUCCGGCGGCCGGUGUGGGAGAAGUGCUGGGCGGAAGUUCGUGCGCGGCACCUGGUGCUGCGGCAGAUCCAGGCUGGCGAUGCCCCAGAGACGGCUCUGCCUUUGCCGGGGUGUGAGGUCAUGCAGCUGACUUCGCUUCUUGCUUCGGAGGUGGCCACCUGGCUGGGAUCGGUCGGUGCCUUUGGCUUCGAGUUGGCCUGCGAGCCCUCCACCGACGGUGUGACAGGUGAGCGGAUAAUCGUUUGUGUGGAGACUGCCGAGGAGGCAGAGUCCUGGCAAACCCGCCUCAACCGCGAAGCUUCUCGACAAGGCGCUGGCUGGCUCUUCCGGACAGAUGUUCGGAGCCAUUCCCCUCCAGAGAAGUGCUGGGCGGUGGUGGAGGAGGAGACGAAACAACUUCAGUGCUUCGUGGAUCCCGUGGACUAUGCCAGUGGCAGGCCUCCAACGUCGACCUACCAUCUCCUUCGUCAGACCCUCACCUUCUUCGAGGCGUCCCCUGGUGCUCCAGAGGUGACGGCAGCUGCUGCCAG